UGGUACUGUGGACCUGAGCGAACUUUCGAUGACGAGACAACGCUAGUGCAGCAUCAGAGGACGAAACAUUUCCAGUGCAACACAUGCCACAAGAAACUCAACACGGCAACGGCACUCAAGACGCACUGCCUGUAUGUCCACAAGGAAGAGAUCACGCGGGUGCCCAACGCCAAGGAGGGAAGGGAUCAGUUCGGCUUCGACGUCGUGGGAAUGGACGGGGUCGAAGGUGACUUUGGCCUGCCGCCUCGCGUGUGGUUUGAUUUGAACCUGUAG